GCCGGUGCCUUCGUUUCACCCUGCUCGGAAAAAAAAUCCUAAAAGCUUAAUUUCUUUCUUUGUUCUUAUUACUGUCUCACGUGAGACGCCUGAGCUCAACUGAAUUUCUGGCCCCCUCUUCAUCUCCGUGAGCUUCGCUGCCCUUUUUCUUUGCCUUCUCUUGGUGGUUUAAUUUCAUCAGUUUUCCUCCAUUUCCUUCUUUAGCCAUUGUUCCGAUUGCCGUCUCUUGUUGCAUGUGCAUUCCUUCUCUGAACCGUGCCCCCCCAAUUCGUCCGCGAGCUAUACAAAUUUGGAUUCGUUUUGUUCGUUUCCAGCUCACCCUGUAAAUCGUUUCUCAAGUCAUUCAGGCAUACUCACAUCGCACAAACAUAUAUAUACCCCAAGAUUUUGAAUCCAUCAAUUUGCAGACGCCAUAGGCGUACAAGUUAUCCAUUCAAGCGCUCCAAAAAUUUGCCAAGAAGUUUGCCUUAAAUUUGGAUUCAUGAAGUUUGCCAAGAAGUACGAGAAGUACAUGAAGGGGAUGGAUGAGGAGCUCCCGGGCGUGGGGCUGAAGCGGCUCAAGAAAUUGCUCAAGAAAUGCCGCUCUGACCUCCAAUCCCACGAGAACGACGGCUCCUCCGCCGGCCGCUGCCCCGGCCAUUGCUCUGUAUGUGAUGGGAGUUUUUUCCCAUCUCUUCUCAAUGAGAUGUCAGCCGUUAUUGGCUGCUUCAAUGAAAAGGCCAAGAAGCUUCUCGAGUUGCACCUGGCAUCAGGUUUCAAGAAAUAUACAAUGUGGUUCACCAGCAAGGGUCACAAGAGCCAUGGGGCAUUGAUACAGCAAGGCAAAGACUUGGUUACUUAUGCAAUUAUAAAUGCCGUGGCCAUGAGGAAAAUUUUAAAGAAAUAUGACAAGAUACAUUACUCGAAGCAAGGGCAGGAAUUCAAAGCUCAAGCCCAGAGUCUGCAUAUUGAAAUACUUCAAUCCCCAUGGCUCUGUGAGCUGAUGGCUUUCUACAUGAACUUGAGAAGAAGCAAGAAGAACAACGGUGCUAUGGAGCUCUUUGGGGAUUGUUCUCUCGUAUUCGAUGAUGACAAACCAACAAUUUCAUGCAACCUCUUUGACUCUAUGCGUGUCGACAUUAGCUUGACAUGUUCGAUUUGCUUGGAUACCGUGUUUGAUCCAGUUGCUCUUUCCUGUGGUCACAUAUAUUGCUACUUGUGCAGCUGUUCUGCUGCAUCCGUUACGAUCGUUGAUGGGCUGAAGUCUGCCGAGCGCAAAUCAAAGUGCCCACUGUGCCGACAGGCAGGAGUCUUUCCUAAUGCUGUACACUUGGAUGAGCUGAACAUGCUACUAAGCUAUAGUUGUCCAGAGUACUGGGAGAAGAGAAUACAGAUGGAGCGGGUUGAACGUGUUCGUCUGGCUAAGGAACACUGGGAGUCACAGUGCAGGGCAUUCUUGGGCAUGUGAUUCUAAAGUUGGUGGAUUUUUUUUUUCUUUAGAGGGGCUUCAUAUGUGAUGUAUAGUUUCUUGACAAAAUGGAAUUUGCCAUUUGUUGUCACUUAUAUCCUGCUCUGUUGCUCCUCUUUGUGUAAGAAGUUGGAUUUGUCAUCCUAAAUGCAAAAACAGCAGGGGUUGUUCACUACUGUGCACUUAGAUGUAAAUAGGGUAGAUUUGUAGUCAUUGUUCAAGUGCAUAACUGUAAAUUCAUUUAUAUUUGAUCAGUUCAAUCUGGGGGUUUGACUUUGUGGUUAA